AUGUUUAAUCUUCUCGCGACUAAGUCGGCUAGGGCGAGCCAAUGGAAGAACCUGAAUAACGCCCAGGAGAAGCUCCAGAGACGCAUCGAAUUAGGCCCUUCGGAUGUAUCCGUCGGUAGCAAUGGGCUUGCCCCGGGUUACCCCCCGAGAAGACGCCACUAUCUGCGGACACCACCGUUGCUAUCCACCAAUAGGCGAUCUAUCAUAACGAAACCUACUUCAAUGAUCCCUUCAGCUUCCGCCCCGAGAGAUUCCUCGGAGAUCUAG